CAGAAGGGGUGAUUUGCGGAUUUCAUGUAGUAGAAGGGCUGAUUUGCCAGUGUUUCUUGUACAGGGGCUGAAUUGCCACAACAUUGCAGGUACAGGGGCUGAAUUGCACCUUCUGCCUUUUUUUUUCUAGAAAUAACUUUCUUUUACCAUUUAUUAUAUCUCAUCCUCUGUCAACACCCCAAAUUUAAAACAAUCUCCUCGGUCUUCCCAAAAACCUAACCAAGUGUCACUGCUCUCUUCACCACUCCCACGCUCCCUCUCUUUCUCUCUCUCAGCAUCUAGAAUAACAAUGGAGGAACCAAGGAUUGACGCCGGAGAAGCAAUAGGCGACGAUUUCUACGAGAAGAUCGAGGCUCCAAAGUUCGUUGACCUCACCGCACCGGAUCGCUACCGCACCGAAGACGAUGACCGAUUCUGGUUCUGCCUCCGCGUUGGAUGCGAUCAGAAGCAUGAGGAAGAAAUGGACUCGGAAGCUAUAUACAAAAACUUUGUUCUUCGGGUCAUGGCAGCAAGGAGUCCCAAUGUGCGUUUUCAGAAAGUAUUGUGCAGAAGGGAGGCAAGCACAAAAAUGAAAUGCCCACAGACAGUUCCAGCAAAACCUUCAAAGUCCAGACUUUCAAGAUUGGCCAUGAUAUCAUCUAUUUCGAGGACAGUGGCUGAUGCAAAAACAAAAGAUAGACCUCUUCCGAAGCAGGGUUCAACCCCAAACGUGAAGGCAAAACAACCAUCUGUUCUGGCUAAGGCUCUGACCACUCCUAGGAACAAGAAACGCCUUUCAAAUCCGGGUACCUUUCGUAGUGUUCGGAACACAAAAGCAACCACAAUUGAAGUGCCAAAGAAUAGAGUGGUAGCCAAAGCUCUGGUCUUUCACUCACCUAAGAAGAUAGUGAAGUUGAAGAAGUCAGUAGAAUUGGGUACUUCUCUUAGAAAGCUUUGCACAGGAAUGAAAAAGCUUGAGAUCACCAAUGGAAAGAAAGAUACUUUGAAUUGUAACAAAACAUUACCUUUAGAUGCUUCAAAAAGAAAAAUAAGAGGAAGAGAGGUUAAAAGCCGGGUCUAUGAUUCACUGCAUUCUCAGAGUCACAAGUGCCAGGAAGCCAAGCAUUAUAAACAUUUGAAGAUGAGGAACAAGGAAAAGGACUCACAGUUCCCCAAGGAUCCUGCAUCUAAUCAAGAGCCAGAAAGUAACUCCGAUCAGUUGGAGAUAAAGGAGAAGUCAAGAGAUGGGUCAGCUGAUGUUUGCUCUACAUCUGGGGCUUCAAAAUUUUGUGAAGGAAAUAAAAAUGAAGAGCAAAUGAGUACUAGAGAGACAGUGGAACCACAAAUGAAUGAGAAUGAAGUCAAACUGUUAUCUGAUACCUUGAGAGGUGACAUGACCUCACUCUCAAACUCUGAAGAGAGAAACACUUGCCAGGGUGAUGUUGCCAAAUUCCAAUCUCUAAAUGGAGAGGACAAUGACAAUGAGAUAAUUGAAGGGAGCAGUCGUGAAGACAAAACCAAGACAAUUUCAAAGGAUAAAGAAAUUCCUGAAGCCAUGAAGAGUGAUCAUAAAGAAAAUGAAAAUGAUUUAGCCUCUCAUAUUAUCAACAGCAAAGCCAUGGACAUUGAUGAUAAGGAAAAUGCUUCAGCCUUUGAGGAAAACAGAAAGUCAAAUCUGACUUCAAGCACUUCCAUUAAAAGGAAUGUUGUUGGCAAGAAUGAGACUUCUAGAUGCACUCCAAAGGUAUCAAAGGAAAUGAGUAAGGCAUCAAAAGAGAGUUCCAUAUGUUUUGUCAAAAAUACUCAGGGGAUGAAAUACAGAAAACCUAAGCCCACAAAUCCCAAGCCUUUUCGGCUAAGAACUGAUGAAAGAGGAACUCUAAAAGAAGCAAACUUGGAGAAGAAACAUGUCCUUGCACCUCUGAGAGAAAUUACUACCUUUACAGGAUCCAGUGGAGGAAACUCACAGAAAAAACAUCAGAAUGCUGUCCAAAUAAAUGAAAUUGAGAAUGCUAAUUGUGCAUAUGAAAGCACUAAUGAUGAACCAAGCAUAAUAACACCGAAGAACCCACCUCAAAUCUCUUGCCCGAGGUCAUCCAAAGGAACACUGGGAAGAAAGUUUUCUUCAAAUUUAUUGAGAGGUACUAUUUCUACACAGCAGAAAACCAAGCUUGUUUCUUCACAAUUGGAGAAUGGCCAGAAUAAGACAGCUCAAAACUCUGAUGCUAAUUCAAAAAGGAAUAAAUCCCAAGGGAUUGCAUCAAGUAGGAGGAAAAUGGUUUCUCUCAUGAAACCUGGUCAACUUGGUACAAUAAAGGAAACAUCACCUACAAUUUUAAGACCCAAGGAAGCAUCAACACUGGUUGAGGAUGGUUCUUUUCUAAUGACAAAAGCUCCUGCUUCUAAUGCUUCAGGGCAGUCACCACAGGGAAGAAGGCGUGCAACCAUUCCAAAGGAUCCAAACUUUCAUAGCAUCCAUUUUCCCAAGAGCUGCAGGAGAAGAGUUACAUAGAUCCAUCUCUAUCAUAAUCACCUAACUCCUUCACGUUUGAUAUUCUUAAAAGGAAAUCCAUCCUUUAAUCAUUUGUUUGUAUGUUUGUUGUUGUAACCCAUUUGUGCCCUAUUGAGAAAAACAAAACAUGGUUGUAUCAGUCGUGAUACAAGAAUGGCUUGUAUUUCAAUAUUCCAAAAACCAAAAAAGAAAAAGAAAAAGAAAAAAGAAUGCGUUGUAUUUGAAAGAGAAUCAAUAAAUGUUGUGGUUCUGU